AUGUCUUGCGGCAGCCGCUACAUGUCCUACUCGCCGUUGCCAUCCACCGGCCCGCACUCCCCUCACCUCCCCCUUGCCGACCAUGAGAAGUACAUUGCAGAGUUGCUUGCAGAGAAGCAAAAGCUUGCCCCUUUCAUGCAAGUUCUUCCAUGCACAUCUCGAUUGUUGAAUCAAGAAAUAUUGCAUGUAUCUGCACUCUUGGGGAUUCCUGUUUUAGAUCAACCUGGCUAUCAGCAUGGUAGCCCCCUUAUAAAUGGAGGAGCAAUACCAAAUGGAAGGCCUGUUGAAAUGAAUGGUUGGGCGCCAGCAAUUCCAUCUGAAGGAGCAAGCAUGUUCCAUCCUCCAUCUAGAAGUUGGCUCAACCCACAGGGCACCUCAGGAUUUAUUGUGAAGAAAACAAUGAGAAUGGACAUUCCUGUGGAGAAAUACCCUAAUUUCAACUUUGUGGGGCGACUACUUGGUCCAAGGGGAAAUUCCCUUAAGCGGGUUGAGGCAAACACCGACUGUCGUGUCCUGAUUAGAGGCCGCGGCAGCAUAAAGGACGCUGCUAAGGAAGAAGUAAUGAGGGGAAAACCAGGAUAUGAACACCUUAAUGAGCCUCUCCACCUUGUGAUUGAAGCUGAGCUGCCAGCUGAAAUUGUUGAUAUCCGUCUUAUGCAAGCCCGAGAAAUUCUUGAUGACAUGCUGAAACCUGUGGAUGAGUCGAUGGACUUUUUCAAGAAGCAGCAGCUUCGAGAACUUGCCAUGCUAAACGGCACCCUCAGAGAUGACAGCUCACAAAAGUCUGGGUCGGUCUCCCCGUUCCACAACAUGGGCAUGAAGAGGGCCAAGACUCGUGGUUAA